UUCGCGCCUUGGCGAUAGGUGUAGCGAAGUCGUAAAAGAGAAGUUUGUGUUUUCUUUUAGGGAAAAAAAUGUAAUGUCAAAAUCUGAGUGACUUCCAACUAAUUAAUUGGGAUAAUUAUGGCCGGAAUCAAAGUCUCGUAGCUUUGGCAUUUUCGGGAUCCGUUGGGAUGACCUUGCUUGUUCUGGGCUGUGCUUUACCACAAUACAACAACUGGUAUCCAUUCUUUGUCCUCAUAUUUUACCUCCUGUCACCCAUUCCCACUUUGAUAUCCCGUCGAUACACAGAUGACAUUGGGACCACCAAUGCCUGUCAUGAACUUGCCAUUUUCCUCACAACAGGGAUCAUCAUCUCAGCAUUCGGACUUCCUAUCAUAAUGGCUGAAGCGCCUGCUGCAGAGCCUGUGAUAACUUGGGGAGCAUGUGGCCUGGUUCUUGCCGGAAACAUCGUGGUAUUUCUCACUAUACUUGGGUUUUUCCUGGCCUUCGACAAUGACGAUGUUGAUUACAGCAUGUGGUGAUGAACCAUACUUUUUGGAUCUCUUGAGUAAUACAUAUUAAGUGCAAAAAUCAGAAGUUGGAUAGAAUGAUGAUUUGCUUGUACCUAACGUCAAAAAUUUGCAGCCGUUAAUGGUAUAUUAUGUUUUUAAAUUUGAUAGUAAAAAAUUGUGUCAAGGAAAAUGUCAGUGUUUUUAUAGCAUUGCAUAAUGUUGUUUGCAUUUAUUUGUUAAUGCUGUGAGAAAGAAAAUAAGCCUGGACAAAGAUUUUCACCACUGGAAAGAAUGGAGCAGAGUUGAUGAAAUAAUUAAGAAGAAUUAAAGAGAACAUUAUUUAAGAAAUUUUUCAUAGUGUGAAUUACUCUAGAUAAAGUAUUACGGAUUUUGGGGUACUUAUAUAUUAACUGCUAUGCCCAAUACAAUGGCAGCAACAGUCUAGUGGCAUCUUUGGGAGAUGAUAUAUAUUUCCAGUUUGAACUACUUAUGGAUACGCGUUUUUCAAUUUCUGGCAGAUAUAGUUAGGUGUUUGCAUUCAAAAUUCAUCGAAUAGAUUAUUAACUGCAGCAGUUUGUGUGUGCUUCUAUAUAAACAUUUCUAAAUAAAAAAAAAGCAAGUAACUUCUUUCAAAGUAAUCUCUAGUUCUUUUUGCAAUACUUUAUCAGCUGUUUUGUUGUGACUACAAUUAUGUUGUAUAUUUAACAUCUUGUACAUCAUGUAUAGUUUCAUUCAUAAGAAUUAAUCAUUCAAGUUUUAUUUUUGUGUGUGUUGGUAUUGUUGUUCUUUUGUUUGGCAAAAUAAAGUGUGCGGGGAAUAAUA